AUGGUCGAUGAAAUUAAUUGGGAUCAAUUAGAUGAUUGGGAAAGAAAGCGGCAGGAAAAUUUAAAUAUUAUACGCAAAUCUAGGACUUUUGAGAUGUUUGAGCAAAGACUGUGGGGCGAAAUAAAUGCGUGGAAAUACUGGGAUGAAAUGGUCGAACCGUUGGAGAAAAAUAAACUUGAUAUAUCUCGUUUUUUAUAUACUGCCGCAAGUUGGGGUACUGAUGGUGAUGACCCUUUACUGGACGAUUUUAUAAAUUAUAUCUACGUGUCAGCAAAGUGUUGUGUUUUUAAUAUUAUUAUAGAAAAUUGGAAAAAAAUUGUAUUUGUAAAAUAA